GUUUUGUAUACUCGGUCGGUAAAGUAAACAAAUCUUGGUAGAUUUUUUACGUUUUGUCCUUCAUUCUCGCUGCGACGGGAAUCACUUUUACAGUCAGGAGGACUUGUUGAUCGGGAUCAUACCUGGUACCGGUGAGUAACCGGUCUUGUUGUCAACGGGGUGGUUGUGGGACGGAGUCCGUCAAGAUGGAAUCUUUACUCAUCUAGCCUGCGCAUCAGAUGGCGGAUGCAUCGAACCCGGAGCCGGAGGCCAAGGGUCAAGGGUCUAGCGGCAGCGACCAGGCCGUAGAACAGGCCGAGCAACAAGCAAGGCGGUUUGCUACACCGGAGGGCUGCAUUUGCACCGUUGAGGAACGAGGUAGCGCGGACUUCAUGUGGAAGUACAAGUCUGACUGUCCAGUCGGGUUUCGGGAGCACCCGACCUAUCGCCCUCACCUAGGAGUGGUGAAGAACCUGGGACAGGGUUUUGGUGGAAGGCCCGGAAUGGGAAUGGUCAUCAUUGAUGAUGGCAAGCCGGAGGUGUCGCUCAUCUGGGAUGAUGUCCGAGAGGACCUGGCCUACUGGUGGCAGCCACUGUUUGGAGAUGACAGUGGGCAUCUGGACGAACGCUUGGGCCGUUCCACUUCGUUUUGUGCGGAUGGAGGCCUGGUGGCCGACUUUGACGAGUGGAGCGAAGCGCAACGGGAGAGGGUGGUGGAACCCGCGCUGAUCAUCGCGAGAUGCUUGCUGGGCUACCUGGAGAGUCGGUGGUUUGCCGCUAAGCCUGUGGUGAGGCGGAGGCUUGUUGGGUACGGAGUGCCCGCUGGUUGGCAGCUUCCGAAGGGCGCUAUGACCUGCAGAAAGGUCGUCUGGCUUGUGGCCACACUCAGGGUGUUCUUUGCCGAUGUCUGCGGGUUGCAGUACGAGGGUGACUGGAAGGAUGCGCAGUGGAGCGGAGCCGGUGAAAGGUUUGUAGCCUGGCUGGGACAGCUUCUGGGAGACGUAGAGGCCGAGGGAGGCCGACCGGUGCAAGCGAAGUGAUGAGCUGGAGUGGAGUGAAACGCAACGAGGCAGAUUGAUCGGAAUAGAAUGAAGUGAUGUAGACAGCCUGUGAAGGAUGCUUCUUUAGUGAUAAUAGAGUAUGAAAUUGAAUUGUUUUGACCUAGCUGGUCUGAUU